CCAUUUUUCAAAGACAAGAAAAAACAAAGACUCAUCUCAACAAAACUACUUCAUAAUUAAUCAUCAAUUCCUCAAAAGGAAACUUAGUUAAAAUAUUUGACAAUUGAGGAACACUUCAAAGAGAAAAAUCUAUAACUGGAUCUAUUUUAUCUACAGCAUCAUAGAACAAACAUCAUGGCUUGUUCUGUGAAUCAACAAAGCUUCUUGCUUUGUUCUUCACUUCUUCUCAUCAUGGCUGUUUCUGUUUCAUCUUUUCAUCCAACUUUUCUUCCUAAUACUAUUUUUGAUGCUGAAACACUUACUGGUCGCCAUCUUCUUCAAGCUAAAAAAGGCUGUUCUGUGAAUUUUGAGUUUCUAAACUACACAAUAAUCACAAGCAAAUGUAAAGGACCUAAGUACCCUCCCAAGGAAUGUUGUGGAUCAUUUAAAGAGUUUGCUUGCCCUUAUGCUGACGUGAUAAAUGAUUUAACAAACGAUUGUGCCUCAACCAUGUUUAGCUACAUUAAUCUUUAUGGAAGAUACCCUCCUGGCCUCUUUGCGAGCGAGUGUCGUGAAGGGAAGGAAGGCCUAGCAUGUGAUGCAUUGCCACCAUCAGUGUCCGCCGAUGAUACUGCAAAUCAAAUCGUACAUACUCCAUCUCUAGUGCUGGUUCUCACAGCCUGCAUCUUCCUAAUCUUGUUAUUCUAAUAUCUCAAUAUCUCAACUUCAAUUCAUUUGUUGCAGUGCUUUGCAUUGUUGUAUUAUCAGUGAACAUAUUUAUUUAUAUAACAUGUUCGUUAUUGUUGAUGCGGGUUGAUUAUGCUAGAGCUGAAACUCGAGCUUGUACUUAUAUAUAGUUACCAUAUAGUUACCUAUGUUGUAUUUGAGUGUUGUUUAGAGAUUGCAAGUUUUGUUGGAUCUUGUGUUCUCUGCAAAUGAAGAGUAAUAUUUUAUGUAGAA